GGACUUCCGGUGCUGAGGAGCGGCUGAGAGCUGAGAGCAUCCGCGAGGGGAGCGGCAGGAACAAAAGCAGCUCGCGCAUCAACCGUUAGUCAGGAAAAGGCUAAAGACUCGUCUCGUCGCGGGAGACACGCGCCAUGGUGAAGAUCAGCUUCCAGCCGGUCGCGGGACCGAAAGCGGAGAAGGAAGAAACACAACAGCCGCCGCCGCAGCAGCAGCCAGCCGUGCUCAUCACUCACCCCCACGACCCCCCGCCCCACCUGAUGAAGAGGUCUUCUGUGGCGUCUCUGUGCUGCUUGACGUUCGCUCUCCUCGUCUUCACCUGCAGUCUACUCUACGCCUGUGUGUACAUCUACACACACUACAUCAUCCCACAGCACACCUGCAGCCUGCUCUACGCCUGUGUGUACAUUUACACACACUACAUCAUCCCACAGGUCCCCGCCCAGUCUGAGUUCCGUUGCCGCGUGGUGUACGAAGACGACGACGCCAUGAUGAUGUCAUCAGCACCUCUCCGCACGCUGCCGUCCCGCACGCGUCCACACACGCUGCUGCACUCACACACGCGUCCGCGCACACACACACACACCCUGUCGCUGGAGGAGAAGGUCGACAUCUUCCUGCAGCAAAACUACGAAGUCAUCAGCGUGCCAGCGGCGGACCUCAGCAGCACACACACACACACACACCCGGCACAGAUCGUCCACGACUUCCACCAGGGUUUGACCGCCUAUCAUGACUUGACGCUGGAUAAAUGCUACGUCAGCAAACUCAACACCUCCGUUGUCAUGGAACCCAGAAACCUGUGGGAACUCCUCAUCAACAUCAAGAGGGGUUCCUAUCUCCCGCAGCGCUACCUGAUGCAGGAGCAGAUGAGUGUGUCGGGCCGCAUCGCUGAACUUCGACCCCUGGGACCCUACAUCUCCAACAUAUGCAGCGGCAAAGAAACCUACCAGCUGACGCCCACACACACACACACACGCCGUGUGUAUAAAAGGGGCGUGGCUAACUGCUUCUCGAUGCAUCACUUUGAGAACACCUUCGUCAUGGAAACGCUCAUCUGUGAUAACCAAUAGGACGCCAGGACAGACGCGCACGCCCAAAUAUGGAUAUCAGCCAUCACUUCCUGUCACAUGCUCAUGUCAAUCCUCUCCCACCACACACACACACACACACAC